UUUUUCCCAGCCCAGCCCACUUGCCUGCAAACCCUUCUCUUCUCCUUCCUCUCUCUCGACCUCGCCCUCGCUCACGGCUCACCCUCGCUGCCUCUCGCUCUCUGCCUCCUCGUCUCUUGCUCGUCCGCUCGUGCUUGCCCUCGCUCUCUGCCUCUCUCUUGCUCUCGCUCGCCCUCGCUGGCUCUCUCUUGCUCUCGCUCGGGCUCGGUCCCUCUUGCUCUCGCUCGCCCUCGCUGCCUCUCGCCCUCGCUCUCUGCCUGACUGACUUUCUCUUGCUCUCGCUCGCCCUCGCCCCCACGCUCGCUCGGCCAGUCGGCUUCGCCCUCUUGCGCGCUGCCCUGCCUCUGAUUCAGGUCUUCGUUUUACCCCCCCAAACUUCCAGAUUUGCUUCAUUCGAGCCCAGUUAAAAUAAAAUGAAGAAGUACGGUUUGCAACUUAGGGUUCCACCAACCCAGCAAAAGAAGCAGCCAACCCGGCCUCCCCUUCCAACUCCUCUUGGCUUCCAUGAUGAGGAUGAAGAUGAUGUUGAGAGGGAGAUUUCUCGUCAGGCCAGCAAGAACAAGGCUCUCAAAGAAAUUGAGGAGCAGCAUAAGAAAGCCUUGGAGGAAGAUCCCUCUGUGUUUGAUUAUGAUGGGGUAUAUGAUGAAAUGAAACAGAAAGCAACUCGUCCUUUGGUACAAGAUAGGCAGGAGAGAAAGCCGAAGUAUAUUCAAGCCUUGAUUGAAAAGGCAAAAGUACGUGAGCGGGAACAUGAGAUAAUUUAUGAGAGAAAACUUGCUAAAGAGAGAAGCAAAGAGGAACAUCUCUAUGCAGACAAGGACAAGUUUGUUACCAGUGCUUACAAAAAGAAACUUGCGGAGCAGGCUAAGUGGUUGGAGGAAGAACGUCUGCGGCAACUUCGAGAAGAGAAAGAUGAUGUUACGAAGAAGAAAGACUUGAGUGACUUCUACUUCAACCUAUCAAAAAAUGUUGCUUUUGGUGGCCUAGAUGCUGAGACAAGGAAAUCUGAGCAGGAGCAAAAAGAAGCAGUUGUUAGUACGUCAGAAGAACGAUCUAUAUCGGCUGAAUCUCACUUGGACUUCACCAAGCAGAGGGAGGGGCAUCAAGGUGGGCCUUCAACCCAACCUGAGGAGAGAUCCAAAUCUGUAGAUGAAAAGCCAGUUGUUGAUGCUUCCACAGACGGUGUAGCUGAAAAAUCAUCCGAAGACCAACCAAUACGCGAUCAUCAUAAAAGAAAUGAAGAUGCAGUUGCUGCAGCCAAAGAACGGUUUCUGGCACGGAAGAGGGCAAAGGAACAAUAGGUGACCAUCUAACAUCCAAAGACACGUUAACCGUUGAUAUAUAUAUAUAUAUAUUUUGGUGAUGUCCUCUGGUUGCCAUGAGAGUGUUGUCUAAAUCUUUUUCAUCAGGCAAUCAACUUGUAUAAUCGGGUGCCAGAAUGUCACGCUUGUCUCUUAUCUGCUAGUUCCGUGGUUUUGUUCAGCCUACCCUAGAAUACAUUAUGUGCCAUCAUCUUUGUUUUGCUUAAA